AUGAAUGCUGGAUUCAAGAUGAUGCUACGGCGGCUGAACCAAAUUCGAAUGUUCAACACCGUGACAGAGAAGGAUGGCGAUUCUUUGACAUUAUUUGUUGCCAAUCUUCCAUGGACCGUUAGCAAACGAGAGUUGCAAAACUAUUUUACACAAUUUGGACCCGUUUCAAGUGCAGACGUUGUUUUCAAUGAAAAAACCGGACUAUCGAGAGGCUUCGGAUAUGUGACUUAUUCAUUCACCAAGUCAUAUGUGAAGGCAUUGCAAGUGAAAAAUCACAUGCUCGAAGGAAAACUACUUGAAGUCGAUCAAGCCAAGUACAGUAAAAAACAAAGCAAUUACUACAAUGAUGUGUAA